ACGUUUGACACCUUUCGCACACCGUAGGGUUAUGCGCAUGCGUUUGUUUACACCGCUGUCAUCCCAGCGCUCGUUACACGGAAGGGAACAUCCAGGCUGGAGUCAUGGACAGCAGUGAAGGUCCAGUCCAGAGGCCUGUUACUCUGGCGAUAGAUGGAGCAGCUGAGACGCUAGAGGCCUCCGUCCCGUCCCAGACCGACCCGACAGAAGACUCUUUCCGAGAGGAGAGCAUCGACCUGGACGCCGAAGCGUUUGUUUCGCCGCAGGAUGACAGCAGUCACUCUGAGAGCCUGCUAGGCAAGCUGAAUGACCAGAUGAUGGAGAGCGUGAUGAUUUCGGACUCCCCGAAUAGCGAGGAAGAGGACGUGGUUCCCAUUGACUCGCUUUUGGAGCAGAAUGAAGAGGAGGAGGCCAAAACACCUGACGGAGAUACAGAAGAAAGAAACGAAGACGUAAGCACAGCCAGAGCUGCUGAACCUGAGGAGGCAUCUGAGGCUUUAUUUAAAGAAGAGAACGAGGAGGAGAAGAUCGUGCAGGUGGAUGACAAAAGGGAAAAUGUUGCACCGGACGACCCAAAACCAGAGGCUCCCAAAACUCAGGAUACAGCGCUUGAGAUGGAUACGGAUACGCCCCCCAAAGAUGAGGCCGUCCCGGUGUGUACCAUCUUUAAUCGUGGUGUGCAACCCAAAGCACAAGCCCUGAUUCCCGACGGCUUUCAGCCCACGCUGGUCAAAUCUCCAAGUUUCACCAUCGGCAACACAGAAACCCCCAACAAACUGGUCCCUCAAGUGUGCCAGCCGAGCCCCAGCCUCAGCAAGUUCUUCACGGAUAGCAGCGCGGUCAACCCCGCCUCAGACUUCUUCGAUUCUUUCACAACGUCCACGUCUUUCAUAUCAAUCAGCAACCCAAACGCAGAGUCGCCCAAAGCAGCCGCCCCUCCAGAGUCUCCUCUCUUAUCUGCUCCCACCGCUGCGGGCACGUACUUCACCCCCGUCGCUACCAAACCUCAAGGAAGUCCCGUAGAGCCCAUGAGCCAGCUCCAGACUGUGUUCCCGAGCGGCGACGACCCCUUCGGAAGCGCUCUGAUCACCAGCGAGCUGGACAAGCGCUAUGACGCCUGGCUUCCCUCAGACGACACCAGGAAAGUGCUGAUAUCGGUGGCCACACAGCAGAUCAGUCCUGUCCAGAUAGACAGAGAGCAGCUGGCCAUGCCUGGACUCAAGUUUGACAACCUACAGGGCGAUGCGGUGAAAGAUCUCAUGCAGCGUGUUUUGGGCGACCAGGCAGCUAUGAAGAGACAGGUGCUCUCGGCCAGCUCAGUGGAGCAGAACUUCCUCGGUCUCAAGCGGCUGAUAAGCACUAAGAACUGGAGGGCAGCCGUGGACCUGACGGGCAGACUGCUGACGGCUCACGGCCAGGGCUACGGCAAGAGCGGCCAGCCCACCAACCACACCACUGACUCCCUGCAGCUGUGGUUUGUGCGUCUCUCUCUUCUGGUGAAGCUCAACCUUUUCCAGAACGCAGAGCUGGAGUUUGAGCCCUUCGGGAAUCUGGAUCAUCCAAAUCUCUACUAUGAAUACUAUCCGACUGUUUACCCGGGAAGAAGAGGCUCGAUGGUGCCCUUCUCCAUGCGUGUUCUGCACGCCGAGCUCCCUCAGUACCUGCAGAAGCCUCAGGAAACUCUGGACCGUCUCCACAGAAUAAAGAGCAUCUGUCAGAAGAUCCUGAGUAACCUGCAGGAGGGUUUAGCUGAGGACGGGAGUAUGAUGAACCUCACGCAGGACAACAGACUCGCCUCCAUCCAGCUGUGGAGGUCACGUCUGAGCAGGGUGAUGUACUCCAUGGCCAACUGUCUGCUAAUGAUGAAGAUUGGAGACAUCAGAACCGCUGAGAAGUAUUUUCAGGAUGUGGAGAAAGCCUGUCAAUCAAAGGGAGAAACACCUAAUGAAGACACCUCAGUGCUGAUGAACAGGGCUUUUGUUUAUCUGAGUCAGAAUAACUAUGCAGACGCGCACACGUGUUUCUCCAGCGUCUUGAAACUUGAUCCCAAGAACCCAGUGGCAAGCAACAAUUCAGCCGUGUGUCUGCUGUAUUUGGGAAGGCUGAAGGAGUCCCUGGGCCAGCUGGAGAGCCUGGUGCACAAGGACCCGGAGCUCUACCUGCACGAGAGCGUGCUGUUCAACCUCACCACCAUGUACGAGCUGGAGUCCUCGCGCAGCACGCAGAAGAAACAAGCUCUGCUGGAGGCCACCGCCUGUAGAGAGGGAGACAGCUUCAACGUCCAGUGCCUCAAGCUAGUAUGAGACGCCACCAUCCAACACGCUGGACGCUACCGGAUGAUUACGCGUGAAAAUACUGUUCCGCAUUUGGAGCUUUUACAAGUUCACGUAUGUUGUGCUUACCAUGUACAGACAGGACCAAAGUUAACUUGACAACUCAAUGAUAUUUGCUCUGCACCGUUUCGGGAAUCAAGAGAAAUGCUUUUUAAUGCAUUAAAUGAUUGUUUUCAAAGAGUCUAAGCUAAUUAUAACUGUACUGUGUAUUUCUGACGAUGAGAAAAGGAAAUCUUGUUAAUAAAUGUGUGAAA